GGACUCAAAUGCGAUGCUAAUGGGGCAUUUAUUGACCAGGAUGCACCCCCACCACCUCAUACGGAUGCCCUCCCAACUGAUUGGACGCCUUAUGACAAUCGUGCUGAAUUUGAGAUGGCGGAAUUCUUAUUCACACGCAAUCAAAUGUCUGCAAAGCAGAUUGAUACACUUCUCAACUUGUGGGCUGCGACUCUCAUUAAGCACAACGAUGCCCCCCCAUUUGCAAACCAUAGGGACAUGUACGCUACAAUCGAUGCAACACCACUCGGCGAUACCCCUUGGAAGAGCUUUAUGUUGUGCUACAAUGGAGCCAAACCCGAACAAGACGUACCACCGUGGACGGAUGGACAAUAUGAUGUGUGGUAUAGAGAUCCAUUGCAAAUGACGCGCAGCAUUUUGGCAAACUGUGCUUUCGAUGGAGGAAUCGAGUAUUCACCCUACCGCGAUUAUACUACCGAGGACAAACAAUAUUUCAAGAACUUCAUGUCUGGUGACUGGGCGUGGAAACAGGCAGAUGAUAUCGCUCGAAAUGAGGAGAAUCAUGGUUCAACAUUCGUACCAUUGAUUAUUGGCAGUGAUAAGACUGUUGUUUCUGUCACUACUGGUCAGACUGAAUACCACCCACUCUAUCUCUCAAUUGGGAACAUUCACAAUAGCGUACGACAGGCACAUCACAAUGGUGUUGUGCUCAUUGGAUUUCUUGCGAUACUGAAAUCUACGAAGGAACAUAAUGACAACAUUAAAUACAGAAAUUUUCGACGGCAGCUGUUCCAGCGCUCCCUUGUGAAGAUUUUCGAGUCUGUGAAACCUUUCAUGGAAAAUUUCGAUGUCACACACUUUCCGGAUGGCCACUAUCGACGAACGGUGUACGGCUUAAGCCCUUACAUUGUGGACUAUCCAGAACAGAUACUUCUC